AAAACAUUCUUUCUUGCACUAAGGAGCAGCUGCAGACAAACAAGCUAUCCUUUCUCUCUUUAUUUUGGGGUUCCUCAGAGUCAUGGAGGGGAUAACUCCCAAUUCAUGCACAAGGCAAGUUUUAGAGAAGAAAGCAAGGCCACAAGAGCAACUGAAUUGUCCAAGGUGCAAUUCAACCAACACUAAGUUCUGUUAUUACAACAACUAUAGCCUCACACAACCCAGAUACUUCUGCAAGACUUGUAGAAGGUAUUGGACAGAUGGUGGUUCUCUCAGAAAUGUUCCAGUUGGUGGUGGUUCCAGAAAGAACAAGAGGGUCACCACAGGAUCAUCAUCAUCAUCAUCAUCAGCUACACCUUCAUCAAAAGUUCCAGACCUAAACCCACCAAGCCUUUCAAUCUCAGCUAUUUCUUCCCAAAACCCUAAUAAAAUGCAUGGAGGCCAAGAUCUUAAUCUGGCUUUCCCAUCUAUGGAGAAUUAUCAUCAUCAUCAUCAUCAUCAUCAUGGCAUGUCCUCAUAUGUUGAGAUGCACAAUGGUGAAAACUCUUCUUCAGCACCACCAACUUCUCUUUCAGCUCUUGAGCUACUUAGGUCUAGCAUGGCAUCUAGGGGUUUGAAUAAUCCUUAUGCUCCUUCUUCCUUGAUGCCAAACUCAAACUCUCUUUACCCAUCUGGGUUUAAUCCCAUGCAAGAAGUUAAACCUAACCUUGGAUUUUCAGUUGAUCAUGGGAUUGGAAACAGAUCCUAUAAUGAUCAUCAAGUUCAAGAGAAUGGUAGCAGACUUUUGUUCCCUUUUGGAGAUGUGAAGCAGGCUGAAGUGGAUCAGAACAAAGAACAAGGAAAUUCAACUGGAUAUUGGAAUGGAAUGAUUGGUGAAGGGUCAUGGUAAGAAAAAAGAAAGAAAGAAAUAUGGGAGGAAUAAGGAAACUAAUAUUUAAGAACUUAAUGCAUUAUCUUAUUUUUCUUCCCUAUUUUUUUUUUCUCUCUCUUUUCAAAUGGAUCAUUUGUCUGAAGUUGUUUCAGAACUAACUAUAGGAUACACAUGGUUACUUUGUUUUGUACACACUUCCUUUGCUAUUUGAGCAAUGUGAGGAUUUCACAUCUCAUUUUGGUUGUUAUAUAUAUAUAUAGAGAGAGAGAGAAGAAGAAGAAGAAGAGGUGAAUAUUGGGCCUGUUUUAAUUUUGUCCAUGGCAUGCAACCUGUAUUCAUGAAUUCUUCUGUAAUUAAGAAGCAGAAUCUCCUUCAUUUAUGAUUAUAUGUAUUUCAAAGUUGUGGUUGAAAUGACUUUUGGGUGUGUAACCAUGAUUAAAUGUUCAAAUUAAUUGUUCAAGUU